ACUACAAAUAGCGGGGAAGGGCGGUCGAACAGCACACUUCGGGGAAAGCCUCAAGCAAACAAGCAUCAUGAAGACUCUGGUUGUGUUGGCAGUGCUGGGCGUGUGCUCCGCCUCCCUCCAGCAGGCCUACAACCACGGCUACAACUACGUCCAGCCCAGGUACGUCGGGCCCGUGGCUGCCACCGUCCCCGCCGGCGUCGACGGAACCAUCACGCCCGUGUCCGACACCUACGAGGUGGCCGCCGCCCGCGGCGCCUUCUUCAGGGCCUACCAGGAUCAGCUGGCGACCAUCGCCGCCCUCCGCUACGGCGCCCCCGCCGCCCACCACGCCGUGCACCUCAGCGCGCCGGCUGUGAACCACGGCUUCCCAGCUGGCUACUUCGCCGGCCCCGUCGCCCACCAGGCCGCCCUCAGCUACGGCGUCCCCGGCCCGGUCCAGGACACCCCCGAAGUGUCUGCCGCCAAGGCUGAGUUCUUCCGCCUGUACAACCAGCAGGCAGCAGCAGCGGCCGCGGCUCCGGACUACGAUGCUCACCACGACUACUCUGACCCGACUUCGGCGAUGCUGUCUAAGGAUCCCAGGACAGAGAAGACUAGUGUGACCACAGCUUUAGUUACCCAGCUGCCGAGAACACUGACCACCUGCAACUUAAGGGGAAAUUACUACUGUCUGGUGGUCAAGCAGCAGAGGUCAGGCGCCCGACAAGGCGUGGCACAACCUCGUCAGGAGCUACAAAUAGGGAGGAAGGAACCCAGACCCACAGUUCAGGAGUCGACGCCGAGGGACGAGCAUCAUGAGGACUCUGGUUGUGUUGGCAGUGCUGGGCGUGUGCUCCGCCUCCCUCCAGCAGGCCUACAACCACGGCUACAACUACGUCCAGCCGAGGUACGUCGGGCCGUGGCUGCCCCGUCCCGCGGCGUCGACGGAACCAUCACGCCCGUGUCCGACACCUACGAGGUGGCCGCCGCCCGCGGCGCCUUCUUCAGGGCCUACCAGGAUCAGCUGGCGACCAUCGCCGCCCUCCGCUACGGCGCCCCCGCCGCCCACCACGCCGUGCACCUCAGCGUACCAGCUGUGAACCUGAAUGCAGCAGCAGUGCACCACAUUGCUCCAUCAGUGUACCAGAAUACACCAGCUGUGCACCACGGUGGACCAGCUGGCCACUACGACGCCGGCCUCGGCCAGGUCCGCGACACCCCCGAAGUGUCAGCCGCCAAGGCCGAGUUCUUCCGCCUGUACAACCUGCAGGCGGCGGCAGCGGCCGCGGCGCCGGACCACCAUGCCCAUCGCGACUACUGAACUGGCAAAGGAAACUGGAAAAGUUUGGAACAUUUUGAUCGUCAAAUAAAGAACAAGAACUGAACUCUUUUUG